GGCCUCCAUAAAUAUGCAGCAUACCUUUGAGUAGUUGGUCAUAGUUCAAAGGCGAGGGUGCUGGAGGAGAUCGAUUCUAGAAGCAAUGGAGGGGCCUCCGAUGACAGCAAGUGUAACAACACCGGUGCAAAAAAAAUGGCUGGAAAAUCGAGUCAGCGCACUAAAGGAGAAGGUAAGGUUGUUGUUUGAGGAUUCCAAAGAUAUAAUCGAGCAAAUGAACCUAGUCGACACUAUCCAACAUCUUGGAAUCGGGCAUCAUUUUGAGAAAGAAAUUGCCAACACACUAUGCAACAUCCAACAUAUGGAAUUCAAUACCUCUAGCCUACAUGAGGUUUCUCUCCGAUUUCGCCUGCUUAGAGCUGGUCUUUGGGUAUCUCCAGAUGAAUUCAACAGGUUUAAGGAUACAAAUGGAAGCUUUAAUAUGGAAAUGACUAAUGAUCCAAGGGGACUUCUUAGUCUAUACAAUGCAGCAUAUAUGUUUAUUCACGACGAAGCUCUCGAAGAGGCAAUCUCUUUUGCAAGGCUGCAUCUUGAAUCAAUGAGAUAUAAUCUGAAGUAUCCACUAUCUGAGCAAGUUAACCGUGCCCUUCACAUCCCGCUUCCAAGGACCGUAAGGAGGGUAGAGACACUGCAUUAUAUGUCAGAGUAUAAACAUGAACGAGAAUACAACCCCAACAUUCUGGAGCUUGCGAAGAUUGACUUUAACAAUCUGCAACAACUUCACAUAAAAGAAAUCGAGGCUAUAUCUAAAUGGUGGAAAAAUCUUUAUGCGGAAGUAGCACUAAGCUUCGCUCGAAACCGUAUAGUUCAAUUGUAUCUGUGGACAUAUGCAGUGUACUAUGAGCACGAAUACAGUUGUGCAAGGAUAAUCCUUACCAAGUUGUUCGCCGUGAUAACUAUGAUGGAUGACAUUUAUGAUACCCGUGCUACUUUGGAAGAGUCUCAAAAGUUGAAUGAAGCUAUAAAAAGAUGGGAUGAGAGUGCUGUUUCUAUUCUACCAGAGUAUCUCAAGAAGUUCUACCUCAGGAUAUUAAGAACCUUCAAAGAGAUUCAGGAUAUGCUGGCACCAAAUGAGCAGUACAAGGUUUCCUACGCCCAGAAAUCGUUUCAGACACUAUCCAAUUACUACCUUCAAGGAGCGGAGUGGUUCCAUUGCAAGAAAACGCCGACAUUCAAAGAGAGAGUAGAAGCAUCUUUGAUGGAUUCAGGUGGUUCAUUCUCAUGUGUUGCACUACUAGUUGGCAUGGGUGACAUAGCAUCGAAGGAGGCUCUUGACUGGGCGCUUGGCUGUACCGGUGCCGUGAGAGCAUGUGGAUUGAUAACGCGUUACAUGAAUGACAUCACUGCACUAAAGCAUGGUAACAGGGAACAGGAUGCUGCAAACUCUGUCGAGUGCUACAUUGCUGAGUAUAAUGUUGCGAGUGAGGUAGCCAUUGCGAAUAUAUACCGGAUGGUGGAAGAUGCAUGGAAAACUGCAAACAAAGACCUGCUAGAACUUGGUUCGUUGCGUCCGGCGGUAAGACGAGUUAUCGACGCAACAGCCAGCUUGACGCUGAUGUAUGGUGACAAGAAAGAUACCUUCACAUUUGGCGACGACCUUGAAAGCCUUAUUACACGGCUGUUUUUCAGUCCUAUCACAAUUUAGAGCCUCGAUCAUUAAAUGUUUGCAAGUGUUAUUGUGAGAUAGAUUUUCAAAAAUCCAACUCUUUGUUGACGAAUAUGUAAGAAGGAAUUGUGUUGUAAUGUAUGCUCAUCUGCAAUAUUAUAACCUUAACUUCUUUGCCCUCUA